UAUGUACCUAGUGCAAUCCCCAAUACUUGACGAUAACAGUUAGAAAUUAUCCAACGCGAACAUCUGACUACAUUUCGCAGCUAUGCGAAGUCACGUCGGAUUAGUGAAGUUUGCAAUACUGUUCAUUGUCGGCCACGUUUUUGCCAACCAAAAUGCAACUCUACGGAACUCUACCACAAAUUUGCGAGAAUUUGUGGUCAACGGAGGCGACGCAGGUAUAACGCCGUACCAGGUUUCCCUGCAGCAAGGUGGAAGUCAUUUCUGUGGCGGAGCGAUCAUCGACCGCAGAUGGAUUCUAACGGCGGCCCAUUGUCUCAUGGACCUAAGACCCAGCGAAAUGACGGUGGUCGCUGGGACGACCCGGCUCUCCAGGGGCGGUUCCCGAAUGCGAGCUGAGAGAUUCGUAGUCCAUCCCCGGUACGACCGUUCGCGAGCGGCAAACGACAUCGGUCUGGUACAGAUCCGAGGGAUAUUCCUAUGGCUUUCGAAUCGCGUUGGUAAAAUUGAACUCGGUAAGGAGUUCGUCCCGGCGGGAACGGAGGCCACCAUUACCGGAUGGGGUGGAACGCUGCAAAGUGGAGGUCCGUUGUCGGACAAGCUGCAGUACGCCCGUCUGAGGGUGAUUGGCGAAUUACAAUGCCAAACGGUGUUGGCCAACAUCGGAGAUUGGAUUUUGUGCACGUACACUAGAGAAGGACAAGGCAUUUGUGGGGGUGACUCUGGCAGUCCUCUGGUGAGUGACGGUAAAGUGAUCGGAAUCGCAAGCUUUGGCGUGGGAUACCUACCGGGUGAAGGCUGCGCAGCUGGAUUUCCGGAUGGAUUCGCCAGGGUUUCUCAUUUCUACAACUGGAUCCGUGAGACCACGCAGAGACGACGGAUUUGGCCUUUCGGAUGGUAACAUGAGAUAUUAGAAAAACAAUUUUGUUCAAAAAUGUGUUGUUUCAAUUUCGAUUAAUUAUACCAAACUGUCUUAAAACUA